UAAAACAUGAGUUGUAUCUGCUGUAACUUCAAAUGUUGCUUUAUUUUCAGUACUAGGUGUUGGUGAUCAUCUCCUUUCUCAUUCAACUUCAUUAAAAAUGGAAAACAGCUCAUUUGGAAUUAGUUCUCAGCUAACCCUGGAUACUUUUUUCAUUCCACCUGGAGGAAAGUAUCCAGUGUUUUUUUUUGGACUAGCUAUUUACUUGUUUGGAAUGUCCUGCAAUCUGACUUUGAUGUCUUUGAUUAUUCUUAAGGAAAAUCUUCACAAGCCCAUGUAUUUUAUACUGAUUAGUCUGCCCCUCAAUGAUCUGAUAGGAAUAACAGCAAUGCUACCAAAAAUACUUUCAAAUAUUGUUACAGAGACUCAUAUAGUGUCCUAUCCUCUCUGUGUUCUACAAGCUUUUCUUCUCCACAUGUGUGCUGGUGGAAUUCUGUUUGUUCUCGCAGCAAUGUCCGUUGACCGUUACAUUGCCAUUUGUAUGCCUCUACGGUACAGCUCUUACAUGACUCCAAGAAUUAUUGCUCUUAUUAUCUGCCUGGUUUGGGGUUGUGACUUUGUCUUUAUCCUAUCCCUCUUUUCUCUUCAGUCAAGGCUCACGAGGUGUAGAUCUGUAAUACUGAACGUAUUUUGUGACAACCCAUCUCUUGUGAAGCUCAUGUGUGGAAACACAGCUGUCAAUAACGUAAUUGGUCUGUUUAUCACAGCUUUCAUACAAGUUCUUUGUAUGUCUAUUCAGGCAUACUCUUACCUUAAAAUUCUGAUUGCAUGUUUGAGUAGGAAGCAAUCUGACACUAAGACAAAAGCAGUAAACACUUGUGUUGCACAGUUGGUUAUUCUUCUCAUAUUUGAGGUUGCAGGAACUUUCACAGUUUUAUCGCAUAGAUUCAAAAACAUUUCUACUGAUUUACAAAAGGUAAUGGGGAUGCUAAUGUUUCUUUUACCUCCACUUAUUAAUCCUAUUGUGUAUGGCCUGUAUACUAGUGAAAUACGAAGAACUUUCCUGGAUAUAUUUAAGAAGAGAGUAACCUGAAUUUCACUCAGAUCCCACAAUGCAUUUAUCCAUUUGUUAUUUUUAAAAUACAAUCACAAUAUUAAAAAGCAGAAUUCUAAU